CUGCGUUCUCCGUGUCGUUUUUCCUGUGUCUGAAGGUCGGACGCCCUGUGAGUAUACUAGAGAUGUUUUCUGUAGUCCUUUGACGAGUCUGAGUGGGAGAUGGCACUGUAUUAAAGACGCAGGCUGAGCCGCAGCACACGGAACUCUUCUUCACCUCGGGGGUCCUCAUCCACCAUAUUGUUUACCUUAUUGUUGCGGCUGGAAUAGUGCGGCAGAAUUGGCCCUAUUCACGACUCAUCCUAUUGACAGGGCGCCCAAACAAUACGAUCCGCACUACCGGGCCCUUCUGCCUGCCUCUCCAUUCCCAGAUCCAAUUCACUCACGCCCUGACCAGUCACAAUGGGCGAGAAAAACAUCGUCGUUGUAGGAGCGGGUGUUGCUGGUCUGACCACAGCCUUCCUGCUGUCCAAAAAUCCGCAGUACAAGGUCACUAUCGCUGCAAAGCAUAUGCCGGGAGAUUAUGACAUCGAAUAUGCCUCGCCCUGGGCCGGCGCAAACUACAUGCCGGUGUCGGCAAGAGGAACGCCAGCAGAAGAAUGGGAUAGGAACACCUGGCAGCCGCUUUUUGACUUGGCAAAGAACCAUCCCGAGGCGGGUGUUCACUUUCAAAGGACGGAAAUCUACAAUCGUAAAAAGGACGUCUCCUCAGCCACGGCUGCGUGGUUUGCUGACCUUGUCAGUCCCAAUCCAUGGUUCAGUACCCUCUUCGACGAUUUUCGCCAAAUCCCAAAAUCGGAGCUCCAGCCCGGGGUCGACAAUGCCACCUGCUUCACGUCGGUCUGUAUCAACACUGCAAUAUACCUGCCCUGGCUCGUAUCCCAAUGUCUAAAGAAUGGGGCCAUUGUCAAACGGGCGGUGUUCAAACACAUUGCAGACGCCGCUGCCCCUGGUGUCCAUCAUUCCGGACGCCCGGCCGACCUUGUGGUCAAUUGUACUGGACUUUCAGCGGCGAAACUGGGCGGUGUUGAAGACAAGACGGUUGUUCCUGCUCGAGGUCAGAUUGUCGUUGUCAGGAACCCGGCGCCCGCAAUGUAUGCAACGUCUGGGACAGAUGACGGCCCAGACGAGGCCUGCUAUAUCAUGACUCGGGCUGCCGGUGGGGGGACAAUUUUGGGCGGCUGCUAUCAAAAGGGCAGCUGGGAAUCACAGCCCGACCCCAAUCUAGCAAUCAGGAUCAUGCAGCGAUGCGUCGCCAUCUGCCCCGAGUUGACCGGCGGCAAGGGCAUCGAGCAUCUCGAUAUCAUUCGACACGGCGUCGGUCUCAGACCCGUGCGGGAAGGAGGAACCAGAAUUGAAAAGGAGAAAAUCAACGGUGUCUGGACAGUGCACAACUAUGGCGCAGGUGAUGGUCAAUCUCGCUCUGCUUCGACCCAAAUUUUGCAUGCAGGGUUAUAUCAUGUUGUUGCUAAUGCUAUCUAGGCGCGGGAUAUCAGUCGUCGUACGGUUGCUCCAAGGCAGCUGUGAAAUUGGUGGACGAAGUGUUCGAGGACAGGGCCAGAUUGUGAGGCACAGUGGGGAGAAAGAGUACGAGUAGAAGUAAGAUUAGGCCGCGGUCACGUCCUCAUCUCGGGAGCAUUUACCGGAGUCUCGAUCUACAAGUAUGAGCAUGAUCUCGAAGGGCCCAUUUCCAUCUGGAGAUUAAUUGAUCAACCUAAAUGCAUACACACCGACUUCUCUCGAGCCAUAGGUGCUUACUAUGAGUGAUUCUGCAACACAAGGGCGGAAACCCGCUGGUCCACGCAGCAUAGCUGUAGGGCAACCUGACAAUGGGGGAUGCAUGGUCUUUGAUGCCC